AUGCGUUCCACUUAUAUUUUCUUGUCUGUGGCAGCUCCAUUGGCCUCGGCCUUUGUCAUCCCGGAUGAGAGUAUCCUUGCGGAGAUAGUCUCUGAGACUCGAACCGCGAAUGAUCGGUUAUCUACUGCAGGGGGUGAGAUAAAUGGCAUCUAUUCGGAUGAACAUAGAGCUUGGGGAAGACACGGAGACUGGCGCGAUGACGAUGGAUAUCCCUCGCACGGAGAUUGGCCCGGAUACGAUGAAGAUCCGCAGGGGAGAUGGCCUGGACACCGAGAUGACGAGGAAGACAGACAUUACCCUCCACACCUAGGACACGGAGAAUGCAGAGACGACCACGACAGACACCGACCCCAUCCAAUCCACCAACCAAUCGACGCCUGUCCAGGCCCGCUCUGUCACGCAGACAAAACAACAUGGGAACUCAUCAAAUCAAACGAGCAUACAUCCCGACUCGCCGAACUCCUCGUCGACGAUAAAGACCUGAUCGAGAUCCUAAAUAGCACGACAGCAAACCACACCUUCUUCGCGCUGACGAACCGUGCCCUAGAGGGACUUCCUCGACGAAAUGGCCGAAAUCCCAUGUUCAUGUCUAGCUUACUGCGAUAUCACAUCCUGCCUGGUCGAUUAUCCAUCGAGCAUAUCGCAGGUCACGGGACGCUACCAACGAAGUUGACAGAGCCGGCUCUGGAAUCGAGAUUGCCGCAGAGGAUUGUUGUACGAGAGCAUCAUAACGGAGUGAUGUUGAAUAGGAGGAGUAGGGUUGUUGGGGCUGAUAUGAAAACCAAAAACGGCAUAAUCCACAUAAUAACCAGUCCCCUGUACCCACCCCCCGAGACACGGACAAUGUUACACCAAGCACCAGCUGAGUUCAGCACCUUCACGCUGGCGCUAGCACUCACGAAAGUCGCCUCCAAGCUUGAUCCGGCGCAGCGACAGGGUGGGACAACCUUCGCGCCCACGAAUGCUGCGUUUAGACGGCUCGGGGAGCAUGCUAAUCGGUUUCUGUUCUCGACGCAGGGUGAGAAGUGUUUGCAUGCGCUGAUGCAGUAUCAUAUUGCGCCGAAUCGGACGCUGUACUCGGAUGUUUUGUAUAGUAGGAAUGGGAAGGCACACGGGUUGUUUUCUGGACAUAGUAGUGGGAAUGGACAUGAGGGUAAGGGUGAGAAUAAGGGUGACGGUGGGCUAGAGGAAGAGUAUGCGAAUGUUCGACUUGGGACUCUGUUGAAGAAGAGGGAUUUGGAGGUUGAUGUUAAGAAGGGGCUUGGUGAGGUUGAGAUGCGGGUUAAUGGGUUUGGUAGGGUUGGACGGUUGGAUUUGUUAGCGAGAGAUGGGGUCGUGCAUGUUUUGGAUCGGGUGUUGGUUCCGCCGAGGAAGAUUCAGGAUAAAGAUGAAGGUAAAGAUGGAGAUGAACUGAUGAUCGAGGAACUUGUCGAGAGGUUGGAUGGCUGUGUCUAUGGGGUGACUCGCGGUGAACUGUGA